GUCAAAAUGACAACCCCAAUCAAAAUAAUUUUGGCACAAAAUGUCCGCGUAGUAUCACAAACGAAAUUGUUAUCAUAAUGGAGAGAUCGGGUUUGUCUCCCCACAAAUCAUAUCUUUGGAGCUGCCUAACUCUGCAAGAAGACUGCCCGUUUCUCUCAUCCACCUGCCCCACACUGUUUUAUUUUGGAGUCGGUUUAUUCUUACUGUAUGCCAUAUACUUGUUGAUUGUUGUACUCGACUACAAGUUCCACUCGCAUGUAGAUGAAAUGCAACAGCAGAUUGAUUAUUACUUGAGUUUGAUAACGAAGAAAGUGAAGUUAGUGCAGAGGGAUGAGGGUCGGCUGAUGAACAUGCAAGAGAGGACAGAGAAGCAGCUGAUGAAGGGUCGGCAGGGUGUACGGAUGCUGGAGGCACUCCGUGACGCGGUCGCUCGAGACGACAUGGUUCAACUCCAAAAACUCGUACGUCUCGCUGAAAAAAAAGCCAACGACGAACAGCGCAAUAACUUCUCAAGAAUUCCUAAAGAAAAAUCAUAGAACAUAUUCGGAACAAUUUAUCAUUUUUAUCAUGAAUGUUUAGCAAGUGUGAGAGAACAAAAUCGAUCAUAAAACAACCCUAGCUAGCGGUGGAACCCCUCGGGCAUUUCCGCUUGCAACUGGCAGACACUUCGACGGAAAGAUAUACAGACUGCGAAGCUCCUUCAGGUAAUACAUGUAUAAAACAUAACCUAAUGGAAAUCACUAAAACUAUGCGGUCAGUUUAAUAAAAGUU